GUCUGUCUAACCUUCUUAUUUUGAUAGGAAGUAAAACACCUCCACAUACCUUCUGCAAGUGGUGUUUUUGUAACUUAUGAACCAAAACACUAAAUAGAAGUGACGAUGUGCUUUUUAAAAGCCCUGAAAUAAUUUAGUGUCUGUGACUUUAAAUACUGUAAGUAGACCAAUUUUGACCUAAAUAUGUCAUCCAGGACGGCUGCAGGACUGAGUUGCAACUUGUUUCUUGAAUACAAUUGCUGUCAAUUGCCUGAAAAUGUAUUCGGCAUGUUAGACCCCCCGGUCAGAGAGGGGAUAUGCAAAUCUGUAGGGGUGGAGCAAUCCCGUCUUAAUGGCACCUCUUGUCAUUAAUUCUUACUUUCUCCCUUUAACUUGGCUCCUUGACGCUCUUAUGCACUUGCUCAACCUUCGCUCCACGCGCUGACAGAGGCAAAAAGCCAAUUAUUCAAUUAACGGUGUUAGCCAAGGGGUCGGCCUUGGCACAGCCUUUUCCCAAUUAGACACAAACACGUGUACCCUCUCCCCUACUUAGAGAUGGGCGAAUGGGGCACGCGUGUUUUCACAGAUACAGACAACACUCCGAAUGUCUAAAAAAAAUCAGCGCGUGUAAGCGAAACACGACAAGCAGAAAUAUGCACGCUUUAGUGAACGCCUUCAUGCGAUGCCUCCUCUUUCUCCUGCCUCCUUCUUGGCUUUGUGUCAGCUCUUGCUUGUGGGUUGGGAAUGACUGCGAAGACGCGCUGCAGCGGCCCAAUCCGAGAGCUCGUUUCAAAAGCAGAAAGCCUCUUACAUAUGAGGAAGUAAGGGCGGCAGCAGAAGGAGGCUCCAGCCCCUCGGUCUCACUUGGUCCAGGCUGCGUCUCGCUGGCCGCUACAAGCCCCGCUGCUCUUCAGGGCCCUCCAAAGGCUCGGAUCUGGGUCGGGGCUCUCUGGCGAGCCGUGGAGCGCAUCUUUGGAGCCCCCUGGGUCUUUCUCCGCCAUCGCUGGAGUCCGAAGGAGCGUCGAACAGCUUUGCGCAUUCCUUGUCCUGCCAGCGCUUUUGAGCCGAGACAGAUUAGAAGCUUCCAGGGAGCAAGCGCUGCCGCUGCUUCUGUUACUACCAUCCGUGACUGGGAGGGACACGGAGGAGCCGCCUGGACCCAGUGGAGCAACAUGAGCGGAGCCGUGGGGGUCCCCGGCGUGAACCCGGCGGAGCUAGCCUCGGAUGCGCCCGCGGACCCGAGCGUCGAUGAGGUAAUCACCGUGGACCAGCACUCGCAAGAGAUGGGGACGGUGACGAUCACCGUGGCGAUUCAGGCAGCGGAGGACGAGGAGCCGGAGGAAGAGCGCCCCGGUAAUGUUGAGUGCCUCCGAGGCAGCUGCAGCGAGGACGAGCUGGGGAGACACGACAAAUCAAGUGGUGCCGGCACCAGUGGAGGGGAGUUGGAGGAGGAGAGCUGGCAGCCUCCAGAUACGGAGCUCAUCCAAAAGCUGGUCACUCAGAUUGAGUUUUACCUGUCUGAUGAGAACCUGGAGCACGAUGCCUUCCUGCUCAAGCACGUCAGACGCAAUAAACUUGGGUUUGUUAGCGUCAAGUUGCUCACCUCGUUCAAAAAGGUGAAACACUUGACUCGUGACUGGAGAACAACCGCCUAUGCACUAAAACACUCAAAGAUCCUUGAGCUGAAUGAUGAGGGUCGUAAGGUACGCCGCAAAUCUGCGGUGCCAGUCUUUGCCAGCGAGUCGUUGCCCAGCCGCAUGCUACUGCUGAGCGAUCUGCAGAAGUGGCCUGAACUGGCUGCUCUCACUAAGGAUAAUGGAAGCAAUGAGGGAGGAGCAACCCAGCAGGAACAGCUGAUGAAACUGCUGCUCAAAGCAUUUGGGACAUACGGUGCCAUCGCCUCAGUCAGAGUCCUAAAGCCAGGGAAGGACCUGCCUGCGGAUCUCAAGAGGCUGAGCGGGCGGUACGCACAGCUGGGGAAUGAGGAGUGUGCUAUUGUGGAGUUUGAGGAGGUGGAGGCUGCUGUUAAAGCCAAUGAGGCUGUUGGGGGUGAAGAUGGAGGAACAGGUUCGCUGGGGUUAAAAGUGGUCCUGAUAGGAACCAAGCCACCGAAGAAGAAAGUACUCAAAGAGCGACCUCGCGAGGAGGGGGGAAUGCGCAAAAGUCGUUCUCUCAACAGCAGAGUCCGAGAGCUUCAGUACCACGGGGAUGACUCUGCAUGCAGCUCAUCAGAAACAGAAAGCACCCCCACAUCACCCAGGCUAGCUAGGAAGUCCCAAUCCUGCAAUAAACUAAGUCCCACCACUGCUGGCAUCAGCUUCCAGAACAAUCAUCUAAGUCCUGGUAUAUCCCCGCGCAACAGCCCCUGGUCUAGCCCCCGAGCCAGCCCUUGUCCCCAGCGGAAAGCCCCCCACUCCCACAAGUCUCCCUUGCUUGGCGAUGGCAGGCUGAGCCCCGAGGCUGGGCGCCGGUGGGCAGACUACUCCUCAGACAGUAGCCUGACCCCUUCAGGGAGCCCAUGGGUUCAGCGGCGCAAGCAGGUGGCAUCUCAGGAGAGCAGUCCAGUCGGCAGCCCGAUGCUGGGUAGAAAAAUCCAGAAUGCCGAUGGGCUGCCGCCAGGAGUAAUGAGGUUACCGAGGGGUCCGGAUGGAACCCGUGGUUUUCAUGGAGUCACAGUUGCCGAGAGGGGAAAGACUGCUGCCACACAGACUUGAUAACGUGGCAUGUUGUGACGCAUUUCACAUCCCCCAGAAACAAAAUGAGAGGUUCCUGGCCUUGUUGCUCAGCCCCCUCCUACAUUUGAGACUGUGUAGAUAUAUUUUUGUUGAGUGCAUCGGUUUUCAGUCUUUGUUAUAUUUUUAUACGACAUUUUUUGUUACCAUGGUAACAUUAGGGGUUUACCAAUGGAAAUUAAAGUGAAUGUAAACUAAUUAUGGCUUUGAGAGAAAGCUACAGAUGCCACUGAAAGGGACCAUGUUGCCUCCAUUUUUCUCUAAACUUCUCUAAACUUUAGUUUCUCUAAACUUGAGGUAAGCUGGAGAAAAGAAUUUCACCUUUUUUUCUUUUGCUCCCCCCUCCCCUCACUGUAAACUGUCUUGUCCAGUGUAAAUGUUUGCAACAUUGUCUUUGGAUGACAUUUAGAUGUUUAAGUGGCAUAUAGGCACAUGGACUUGGAUAUCACCAUAUGCCUUUUCUUUAUUUGUCAAGCAUACAUUUGUUUUCACAUGCUGUUUAAAUUGAGGCCAUACCAGCUUCACUGCCAUAAAUGGUAAAUGUCACAUUUGGUUUAGUUCAGUUUUAAUUAUUUUUCUUUCAUUAUGGUUAGCAUUCUUUGGCACUUUGUAGGGUUCUCCUCUUGCCCUGCAUGUGCUUGGCAGGCAGCUGCUUUAUUUAUUUUUAUUUUUCCAGUCUAAACCCACAGUGGGUUUUUGAGGGAGAUUCAGGUCAGGAAGGAUAGAUGCUCUUAUGUUUCUGGAUUCUUUUCUUUUGCCUUCACAUCAGAGCUGGGGUAUUUGUACUCUAAAAUUCCUAUUGUACAAAUAAAUCACUGAAACUGCCA